AUGUCUCGUAUUUUCCCAUGUUCUUUCCGAAUCUUUUUGUUCAUCGCGUUGGUUUCUGAGAGUCAGACUUUGGCUCAUCCCGUCACAUCAUUUAAAGGUUUGUGCCAGGUUAUUCUUUUUCCAUACUCAAAAUUUAUUAUUUUUCUCGAAGUGCAGUAAGCGAGGUUGACGUUAUGGCGUCAAUUCUCGUCCUGUGUUCAGCUGAGUAGAGUUUCUGUGCAACCACGGUAAUAGAGAUUUUAAUGUGUAUGAACUUGGUUUUUUUUCUUUCGUUUUUUGUCUUAUCAUCAUUCUCGUCAUUAAUUUUCGAAUGACUGCGUUUUUGUUUCUUAAGCUUAACAUCUGGCUUUUGCCUGGAUUAAAAUCAAUUUUAACUAGGUCAUUUUUUUAUUGCUUUUUUUUUUUCAGUUUAACUUAUCAUGUUAAUCUUUCAUUCAACAGCUAAUUGUGCUGAGCUUUUUAUGGCUGGUAAUAGAACCAGUGGUGUCUAUACGAUUGAUCCUGAUGGUUUAGGUGCCUUUGAUGUGUACUGUAACCAGAGCACGGCUGGUGGUGGAUGGGCAGUUAUCCAGAGGAGACUAGACGGAUCUGUCGAUUUUAAUCGUACUUGGUGCGACUACAAGCAUGGCUUUGGUAACAAGAGUGGUGAGCAUUGGCUGGGCCUGGACAAGAUAAACCGCCUCACUUGGAGAACAAAGAACAAGCUACGAGUAGAUCUGGAAUCUGAAAUUUAUAAACCUUACGCCGAGUAUGACUUGUUCGCAGUUGAAUCGGAAUUGAAAAAUUAUUCCUUGAUUAUUGGUAGGAUGUCUUCGGGUAAGUUAUUUGCUAGUUCAUAAUUACUAUGAUUAGUUUAAAGUGAAGGAACAAAUUAGUUCAUAAGCUAGAUGUUUUACAUCGAAAAUUACCCUUACUGAAUUUUGAACGGUAUGUUACAUCUUAAAAAUAAGGCAAUCUUUUGAUGCAGUCUUGCACUUUGAUCAUCGGAGGGACUUCAAAAUAUAUUUUUUUGUGGUAGGUCAUAAUUAUUAUGAUCCAUGGACUGAAGUAGUGUCUAAAGUAACAAAUCAAUAAAUCAGCUAGACUUUGAGGCGAGGAGAUAUCGGAUGGUUGAAAAUGAUCUGACAGUCGAAUUGAUGAUUCAGGUGAAGUUGAUAGGUACGAUGUUGAUAAGUUACAUUCAGCGAACACAAACACUAGGAUAAGGUCUUAAUAAAGCCUUAACUGCUCAUACGUAAGUAACAGACUGGAGAAUGUGCAAUUCGCAACUUGCCUUUAGAUAGACAGCCGAUGUUUUUAUUGGAUGUUCACUUACCACAAAUUUUCUUGAAGCCCCUGUAUGCCGCGUAAAGAAAGCCAAUACGGAUCAUUAUGUAGACCCUUAAGGGUAUCCGAUAAUAUGAGACUUAAGAUUAAAAAAAAAAAAAACAGUUGAAGACGUAUCUAUUUUGACAGGCCUUUGCCAAUCGUUUAUGUCAAUUUAUUGCAUUUUAAUAUUUAGAGUAAGAACCUAUAAUUUUUACGCUAGUGAUGGCCUUGUAAAUUCUGUCUCAGGUUUCAUCAUUUUAUUUUAUAUGCAAACUCUGUAAAGUGCUUUUAAAUAUUUAUGAGAAAAGAAUUCUAUGAAUGAUUAUUAUUUUACUAAAUUACUUUUUCUUUCUCUCUCUCCGUGAAGGAAAUGCCAACGAUUCUUUUGAUAGCAAUAACCACGCCCAAUUUUCAACAAUAGAUAAAAUAAAAGGCGACCCAAACUGCACUAAAAAAUUUGGCGCUUGGUGGUUUUCAAACGAUCCAUGGACCUGUGGUAACUCGAACCUCAACGGAAACUACAACCAAAAGAGUGGUUUGAGAUGGGAUAACUGGGGUAAAGACCCAGAUGUACCCAUCACCAAAGCUGAAAUGAAGAUCAAGCCGGAUUGCCCAGGAGAAUAA